AUGAUUACCACUGAAGAGCCUGCCAUGCUCGAUCGUUUCUUCUCGUCUUUCGAUUCUCUUUCUCCAAGAAGUCGACGUGUUGUCACGGGAGAUUCGGAUCCCCAAAAACCAUCUACUCGCAAUGUCUCUAACAUUCCAAAAAUUCCAAAAGUAACCGGCGCUGCUUCCACAAAAAUCACUCUAAUAUUCUCUGGAGCAUUCAUCAUUGGACAAUACGUGGCACAUAAAGGAGCCGACUACUUGGAACAUUACUAUGAUUUCCGUGGUUCUACUGAUCCCGAUGAUUAA